CUGGGCUAGUUUUGUAAUGACUCCAAGGAGGUUUUUACGAUGCUGAGCGCCUGCUGACAGCCUUCCCUAAAGUUGACAGAGACACAUUUAACCAAAGGAGGAAGGCAUGCUGCCUUUAGUUGGAGCUGAGUUGACACCAGUGCAGCUCUAUCGACAUCUCCUCAGAUGUUGCAGGCAGUUACCAACCCCAGCAAUGCAAAAGCAUUAUCGACAUGCCAUAAGACAGGGUUACAUCAGUCACUCCGAUGAAGACGACCAAGAGAGGAUACAAAUGAUAAUCCAAAGAGCUAUUGCAGAUGCAGACUGGAUUCUUGAUAAAUAUACCAAGAAGAAGUGAAGUUCAUAAUCCAUGGAUAUGCCCUCGGGUGUAGCAUUUUGCAGAGCUGCACCUGACAUGAAUCGUAGUGGUGGAUGUACAGUUUCUAUGUCUGAGUUUUGAGUGCUCAUUGGGUUAUUUAGCCUCGUCAUUGUGGGGAUGUGAACAGCCAUGAUGAAGCAACGUGAUGAGAGGAAGACCUCACGAGUCAUCGACUGUUAGGACUAUACUGUAUGAAAUGACUGCUCAAUUGAAUAUAAUAUUCACUAUCUAUAAAAA